AUGUCGCAGACCAAUUUUGUUAUUCAAUCAAUGCAGGGGAAGCCCUGCUCCAGACCGUCCCGGCGAGUUUCGCGUUCACAUUCCUAUGAUCAACCUCCUCUAAACAGCCACAACAUCGUGUCACGACGCCAAGGCUCUUCAUCCUUCCCCAUCCACGCUCGCUUACCAUCGGAUGCAUCACAUACAUCGCGGUCGUUUGACUACCCUGUUUCCUCGGUACCGACUCUCUCUCCUACAUCGACUUACAGCACAUUGUCUUGGUCUGGAAGCUCUCACACCCAAGAACCAUCAUCACCCAUAACUCCCGAACUCUUUUACUCGCCGUCGACUACUAUCACAUCUCCCGAGGUGACGCCUAUAACCGCGUUUCUUUCCGAAUUCUAUGAGCCAGAUUCAAAGUCAGGCGGCGGCACCCAUACGUUGGUCCGCUUAUCUCGGGACGAUCCUCGACGACUGGAUCUCUUCGGAGAGAGAGACGGGAAGGGCAUGAGAAACACAAUGCUCACAGAAUCUCCAGUUAGUUGCGCAGCCGAUGAAUCCAGUCCGCCUCUUCCAGAUGAAAUGCACCUGAUAGAGACUCCAACACCAAUAUCAUUGACCGCGGCAAGCUGUGCGCCAUCGAAUCAUGGUUCAGGGCAUACGCUCGAAGUUCGCAAGUCCCGUCGUUUUGGCCGCGAUUUUGGAGAGCCUGUUCGAUCAAAGGACCUCAUUUAUGACGAAUUUCCCACAUACCUUGCAAAGGACUUACCGGUGACACGCUUAUCCUCCUCUCCCCCAUCUCCUCUGAGUCAUGACCUCCUACCCCCACCUUCACGUUCAGAAGUGUGCAACCUUUUCUCAGAGGACGAAACUACUGCUGUUAGGGAAUUUCUAAGGGUAUGGGGUUCAAACAAGAGGGUGAAGGAGUCUCCAUCGAUACUGCAGAUGGGUGAAGAUGAAGCUCCAGGCACCCAGAGCGAUGAUGAUUAUUCAUGGGAGGCGGCAGAAGUUGAGGACGGUGUUGGAGAUUCCGCGUCUUGCAGUAUGCUUCUUCACGAAGUUAGCCAGAUGGUGGGCAUCCCGCUUGAAAGAUCGACGGUGGAAGGCCAGUCCUCGAUCGCAUCCACACCUCCGGGGCCCGAUACGCUGGGUCAAUUGAUCCAGGAUAGUCAUGAAGGCUCACAGAUCCUGGGUCUACCUUCGUCUUAUCAGUCUGCUGCGCUUGUCAGGAGUCCCAGUGUUCUCCCGGACGGUGCCAACGUGUGCGACAGGGCUUCGUCAGGUUCCUGUCAGCGUGUGGAUCAGCCUCUUGACGUCGUACCUCAACAUUCAGUGACCUUUGGUUCAUUCGUGGGAAGCAAUGGUUCAAUACGUGAAGAUCAGGUUGAUGCGGUAGCUGUCAAGUCGAUGGAUGUGCCUGUCAUCCUAGCGACUACCUCGAAUGAAGCCCAUUCGGUGGAUCCCUGCGAUUUGGUUCUGCACCGACAACUAAGUCUUCGCAAGGCCAGAUCUACCGAUAGCAACCUGAGGCGCCGCGGACAGAUCUUCAAUGUGGAGAAACAAGUCAUGCAUGCUGCGUCCGAUGGCGCAGUUGAUUUAUACACGCCCUACGUACCCACGAGAGAUCCGCCGCCGCUUCCACCUCUGCCAGCUCCCUCGAUGAGACGCGUUUCGGCACUCGACAGGCUUGAGACUAGCCUGUCAAGGCUCAAGGCACACAAUUCGCAUCAGCGGAAGUCCGUUGAGGUAGAAAAAGCUAACGCACUUUCGGAAGACCAAAGACUGUCUCCAUUCACUACCCUACGAGAGCGCAAGCACCAGUCCAGCGUCACUGCUCGUCUUCCGGACUCUCGAUCUGGACACGGGCGCCAUUUCUCGAGCCCCAUGGCCGAUGUGGCACCGCAUCAGAAUCAUCGUAAGGCGCCCCGCACCGAAAAUGGUCCCGUCAAUGCGCGCCUGCAGGAGCGCGCCGCCAAGUUAUUUCCGUACCCGGAGAACCGAGAGUUGACUAUAAGAUCUUUCAUGGAGAUGGAUGUGGUACCUCCCCCACCCCCUCCCCCUCGUCGGACAUCGAGAUUAGGGAGAGUCGCUGCUAGAUUGAGUCAGGGUAUAACGAAUUGGGGAAGGAAUAUCACUGGAUCUAGAGGCGUCAAGGAACCUUUGUAG